UUUCCGAUCUCGCCCACACACAGCUAUCAGUGCAGUGACCACAGAUUGGCGAGCACCAGUAUCUGGUCUGUGUGAAAUAAAGGUGCGGGAGAGUCGAAGAAGCUGGUGAGGUCUGAGCAAGGGAGAGAGAGUCGGGGAAUGUUUGGGUUGCGGGGGAGAGCAAGACGGAUCGACCGAGCGGGAACGGAUUGGGCGGUCGGCGUUUGAUUUGAGCCGAUCGAUGGUGGGGAAAUCCGACUGUCUGACGUUUGGUAGACCAGGAACUAGAACUGGAACUGAACUAAUCCGCGAAUUUACCCCGUGGGGGAGAGUGCAAUACGUAGAUGAAGGUGGGUUGAAUGUAGUUGUGAAAGUAGAGACGAGAAAUAGAAGAGGCAGAACAGAUUCAGGUCACUUGAAGAAGGAGAAUAAGAAAGAGGGGGAAGAGAAGGGAGGAAAGGGAAAAAGGCCGCCCGCCCUCGUGGCGGUGGGCAGCAGAGAUGAAGGAAGCAGCAGCCCAACGCAGGCGUGUGUGUGUGUGUGUGUCUUGAAGCGACUCACUCACUGCAUCACGGGAUCCCUCUUGGUUUGUCGGGUUUGUCAGGUUGUCAGGUUGUCAGGCUAUCAGGCUGUCAGGCUACCUAGCAGUGAACUGAACUUGAUCGAACCUCCUUCCACCUCCGUUGCCGUCUCUCUAUCUCCCCCUCCCAGGCAUUUAUCAGUGAUCGGCAGAUGCAACAGCGAUCCUUGCUCUCUCAUUCAUCCAGAAUAUGCACCUGUCAUUCUCCCGACUCCAGGAACUAACUAAUGACACGGUCACCCUCCCUGCCCGUGACCGGCUGUGGUUCUG